AUGGGGUACACUACCCCAGUGCGUGCACUGCUACUUUUGUCUCCCCUGGUGUCCUCGGCCACAGUAACCGAGACAUUUCUUGAGACCUUACGAAGCCCUCGUCCUCACCACGCCGAGUCAUCGCCAUCUCGCAACAGAACGUGUGUAGCCGCAUCUUACAACGACCUCGAGACUGAUGAUGCCGAAAACAUCAUCCAAGCAGUUCAGGAGUGCAAUCAUGGCGGCCAUGUUAUUUUCGGAGAGGAUUUCACAUACACGAUCGCUUCUCCGCUAGACCUCACCGGUCUCUCCGCGGUCGAUCUCGAUAUCCAAGGUCGUCUCUCCUUUACGGACAACCUGACCUACUGGCAGGCCAACGCCUUCGACCUGCAGUACCAGAACGCUACUUCAUUCUUCAUGCUGGGCGGAAAAGACGUCAAUGUCUUCGGUGGGGGAGAAGUGAACGGUAACGGCCAGGCGUGGUACGACGGACGCGCGAAAGACAGCAAGAUCAAGCGUCCAGUCCUAUUCGCCAUCGUAGGACUUGACAGCGGAAGCAUAAGCAACAUCAAACUAUGGGACUCACCUUUCUGGCACAACGUCGUCAUAAACUCCACCGACGUGGUGUAUUCCGGCCUGGACCUCUUCUCCACCAGCAACAACGGGAAUUUUGAGAAAAACACGGAUGGCUGGGACAUCUACCGGUCCGACAGUAUAGUCAUAGAGAACUCGACAAUCACAAAUGGAGAUGACUGCGUAUCCUUCAAGCCCAACUCCACAAACAUCCUCGUCCAAAACCUGCACUGCAACGGCUCACACGGCAUCUCCGUCGGCAGCCUAGGCCAAUACCCCGCGCGCAUCGACUACGUGCAAAACAUCCUCGUGCGCAACAUCAGCAUGUUCAACUCGUCCGAAGGCGCGCGCAUAAAAGUCUGGCCCGAUUCCUUCUCCGAGAAAUCAGACAAUCUGUCCGGCGGCGGCGGACGCGGGCUAGUCCGCAAUGUGACGUACGACGGCAUGUUUCUGGAUAACGUCGACUACGGGCUGACGAUUACGCAAUGCUAUGGGCAGGAUGAUGAGGAGGAGUGUUUCAAGCAUCCUUCUAAACUCAAUAUUACGGAUAUCACAUUCCGCAAUAUCCGCGGGCGCUCGAAUCGUGUCUUUGCGCCCCUUGUUGGCCACCUUGUCUGCUCGAGCCCGGAUACCUGCUCGGGCAUUGUCGCGGAGAAUGUGGAUAUUCGGACUAUUAACGGGUCGAGUCUGGUGACGUGCAGGAAUCUGGAUACGAGUUUGUUGGAUCUGGAUUGUACGGAGUGGAGUAAGGGGUAUAAUCCUGCUUGA